UUUGACAGUGACUAACAACAAUAUUAUGGGGAGUUUUGGGCGAGCGUUGAACUGGAAAUUUGAAGAUUCAAUGGAAAGAGGAUUUUCCCCCGAGAGAUUCUAACUUGGGCUUAACCUUCCGGUUCCAUCCUUUAUCACGAGGCCAAUAUUUGCGAUAAGAAUGUCUUAGAAGAAGAGCUUCAUUCGGACAAGGCACAUUGGCCAAAAAGGACAUUCAUCAUAUACUGUUCAAUUUUGGCGAGCCCGCCGAAAGGAAGUGAUCUAUUGAGGUAGUGAUAGGUGGACGCUAGCACUUUUUAGGAGCACGAUAUACUCGGUUAUUGGUGGCAAACUCAUCUCUGGCGUUAGUCAUGGAACCAUUUUUGGAGCAAAUUGUGAACUUCUUUGACUUUAAAGGGAUCCAGACCACGGGCGUCUACUUCCGGCUGUUUUCGGUCUUUUCCGUGACCCUUUGCAUCUUGGGCUCGGCCCUGUGUCUGGCCACGCAGUACUUCGGCGAUCCCAUUGUUUGCUCCUUCACAACAGAUGUGGCCGUGGACUUGGCCAAGCAAUAUUGCUGGAUUCACGGAUCUUCCUUGAUUAGUUCCAAAUAUAAGGAGCUCGAUUGUGUCACGCGACAAGAUCAAUACCCAGACCCUAAAGAUGCCCCAACCACAGCUUACUACCAAUGGAUCCCAUUCGUGUUGCUCCUCCAUUCGGCCAUAUUUGCCAUUCCAGCCAAGAUUUGGUCGAGUCUCGAGAACGGCCUGUUAGACGAUCUAAUCUCGAAGGAAACCCGGAAAAGUACGCUUUUGUCCGACGGCGAGGAAUUUCGCAAGGAAAAGGAGACUCUGAUUACGAGAUUCAACUCUUUACUGCACCACAAUGAUUUCUACUAUGCAUACUACUGCAUGUGCGAGAUCCUAAACCUGGUGGGAUUGAUCUUUAAUUUUGUUAUAACGGACAAGAUCCUCAAUGGGAAAUUUCAUCACUAUGGCUUCGACGUCAUGACAUACUUGCAAACACCGGCCCAACUUCAAGGCUUCAAUCCCAUGUGCGACACGUUCCCGACGACAGUGAGUUGCGAAUUCAAAUAUGUGGCACCCACGGGUGGGCUUACCACAGCGAAUGGAUUUUGUAUCUUGUCCCAGAACAUUGUCAACGAGAAAGUGUUCCUAUUCCUGUAUUUCUGGUAUAUCUGUUUGUUCAUUGUCUCAGGUAUUAACCUUUUUUAUCAUGCGUCCGUUUGGUUCAUCAACGAGAGCCGGGUCAAAGUACUUGAGAUUCGUCUUCGAGGUCGCUUUGGUCGUCUUCAGGUGCGAAGUGCUCUGGUUAACUUUUACAUAGGGGAUUGGUUCAUACUCACCCGUAUUGCCAGCAAUACCAAUCGUUUCUUUUUCCAAGAGUUCUUGGCCGACCUCAUCAAGAAUGAUCAACUGAACACGCGAAACGGACCCAAACCAGAGAGCUACGAGCUCCAAAGACAACCACCCUCUGCAUCGUCAUCGCCAGAUAUUGGUCUCAACCACAGAGGCACUCCCUCCUGCCCUUCACCCAAAAAUGACGAGAAGAAUCGACUCAUGGUUUAGAGCCAUUGGCCAAUAAUCGGGAUACAAAGAACGCCAAUAAACUCACCAGCAAUGACAAGAAAUGUUAGCAAACGUAAUCAUGAUUUUUAAUAGCCUACAUCUCGUACGCAUCCAUCCACGGGCAAAUUCACAACCUCGCUUGUUGCGACCGACUACAUGGAUUAUUAGAUUGAUUGAUUGA